UUCAAGAAUUAUUUUCCCCUUGCUAACUCGAAUAAAAAAAGUAACCUAAACUCUAUGACUCGGGGAUUUCUUUGAAUUUUUUUUGAUUUGCGCUGGACCAAUGGAGUCAUGCGACAAUCAAAAAAAAAAGUUUCUCCUACGCUUAUAUUAUUCUCAUAUUAAUUUGUAUUAAAAUAUUGUACGCGUAGGUUUCAUUUAAAUUUGAUAAAGUACAAUAGUAUCUUAAAAGUAAUAAUCACUUUAAACAAUCCUGAUAAAAUAAUAAUCCCGAUUGCUUUAAUUAUAUACACAUCCAAAGCCCGAUUGUCAAUAUUUUAUAGUUGGUGAUUUUAUUGUUACGGUGCCUUUUGUGAUUUGAAAUGGCUUUACAAAUAGAACCCAACAUGAAUACUAACAUUAGAGUUUUCAAUGAAAGUUUAUUGGAACAAAUACUGCUGAAAAUAAGCGACAUUUAUAAUAUUCGCGUGAUUUGGGAUUAUGAAGCAACAACCUUGGCCACGACUCUUGCUAUUGCUGGAGGUAUCAUUGGUGCUUUUGUUGGUGGUAGAUUAGGAGCAGGAAUUGGUGCUGGAAUUGGUGGAGCUGCUGGUUUUUCAACCUCAAAGGUUGUACCAUUGCGAGAAAUAUGGGAGCAAGUAAAAGAGCGAUUAAAAGAAGUUCUACAUAUAUUAUACGAGUUUUUGAAGACCUUUGAAGUCAGCGACUAUAUCAGAGCAUAUGAGAUCUUCAUUGCCUGUAGUUCAAAUACAAAAAAACAGUUUAUCAUGGAGCUAACUGAAUUCAUUGGCAAUCAUCUUAGCCGACAAAUAUUGACAAGUUUUUGAGUUACCUGAUUUAUUUCGCUCAAGACUCGCCGGCUUACGCUUCCACCACGAUGGGUCCCCGUUAGCCCUGCCUAGGACGCACAUUUACAUUUCUUUAUUUCUUUACGUCAUUAUGUAAAAAUAGCAUACUAGGAGGUCCGUUUGACACAACAAUGGUAAUGAAUUUAAAGUCGCAAUGUCAAUAAAAUCUUAAUAACGGCGCUCCUGUCCUUCAUAUUGAUAUGAAAUAAUCAUUCGCAACAGGAAUACCUUGGGCCAGGAUCGCAAUACCUUUAAUUAUGAAGAAUAAGACUAACUUUGGCCUUCUAGUUAUAUAUAUCCUUUUUAGGUUAUUAUAGCCUGUUGGUAAAUACAAGCUAAACAUAUAUGAAUCAAUUUAGAAUCAGUAUACUGAUGGUAUUAUAUAAAUAAAAAACUAUACUGGAAA